AUGAAAAAGCUCCAACAGCAGCAAGAGCAGACGAUCCAAGAGCUGCAGACCACGACACAGGAGCUGCAGGAGGAGCUGGAUGAAGCAGAGAAAAAUCACAUCAAAGAUACAGUUGAAAACAUAAAGAACGUGGGGGAACUUGCCGAGACCAAAAGAGAACUGAAGAAGUCUGAAGCCGAGAAUAAGGCUCUAAAGACUAGUCUUCAGCAGGCUGACAAGGACGCAAAACCCAAGGACCAAACUGUGGCCUACCUGAAGACUUUGCUGUCUGAGAAGCAAAUGGCCGAGGAGGCACAGCACAAGAAGGUUCUGCAGGAGCUGAGCAAAUGUGAAGGGCUGGAGAAGUCUUUGAAGGACUCAAAUGAUGAGCUGCGUCAAACCAAGCUCCAAGUGGAAGAGAUUCAGAACGAGUUGGACAAAAGGAUCCAGAAGAAGAGGAGGAGGUGGUGGAAGUGUUGCAGGGAGUAA